AUGCCACAUUUUUUUUUAAACGGAGGAUGUAUAUUUAAAGAUUCAUUUCACUCAUUUCUUUUUGCUCAUGCAGUAUCAGAGUCUAGACCUACCGAUCCUAAUUAUGCCCCUGGGUACAAAAUUAAAUUUAAUGAUGUGUACCCCUUCCUCCUUAUCUCCCAGAAAUCACUGGAUACAUUAAAUGAACAACUCAAGGAGCCUGUGUCAAUUAACCGCUUUAGACCAAACAUCCUCGUUGAUGGAUCUGAGCCAUUUUGUGAAGAUUUAUGGAAGGAUAUCAAGAUAGGCGAAAAUACAUUCCGUAGCACGGAGUUAUGUUAUCGCUGCAAGGUUCCCACAAUCAAUCAAGAAACUGCAGAAGCAGGUUCCGAGCCAAGUGAAACACUCAUGAAAUUUCGUUCAGAUAAAAUCUUAAAAACAAAUAAGAAACCGCAAGGACGAAUUUACUUUGGUCAGAAUUUAGUGUGCGUAGAUUCCCUUUCUCAAGAGAAGAGAAAGACCAUUAAAGUGGGAGAUCCUGUUUACGUCAUCAAGAUGGUCUCAUCCUAUGUUGAUGCGUCUGUUUGAGACUACUAUAUCAUUCACGUCAUAAUUGUAGUUAUUGGCUUUGUGGACACUUUGAGAAUAGACUAAGCAUGAUAUAAUAACAAGCACUUGAACAAGAGAGUAGAAGAGGAGUUGGAACUAUACAAGAGGAAGAUUUGUGAAUUAUUUAUCUGGAUGAUUGUUACAAAUGUGAGAUAAAGAAAUGUAUGUGAAUGUUAUAAUUACAACAAAUAAUUGUGUGCUUGCA